UUCUCGUUCCAUCAAAAUUUCAAAGCCUUUUAGCAAUUCUUAAAUUUCUCAAUGAGGUCGCAGUUGUUUUUUUGCCUCUCAUUCUUUUGGCUUGCGUUUGUCGUAAGCUAUGCAGCGAUAUCUCCAGAAGUUUACUGGAAAGUAAAAUUACCUAACACACAAAUGCCCAAAGCAAUCAAAGAUUUCCUUCCUCAAACAGGUAUGAAGACUAAUAGUAAUCCAAAAGUAUAUCAUGGUUACUUUGAUUUUGGGAUGUGGCCUUGGCAUCAUGCUGCUACAAAGGAUGACAUUCGUGAACUUAAAGAUGAUAGCAAUCGUUAUCUUUACAAACCGUACUUUUUCGAAAAGAAAUUGAAGAAAGGAAAUAUCAUCAACUUUCCCACUUUCAAAGAUAAAAAUGAUGCACCACUUUUGCCUCGCCAAGUUGCGGAAUCCAUUCCCUUUUCAUCGAAAAAAAUUCUAGAAAUUCUGAACCAUUUCUCAAUAGAUGGUAAUUCAGAAGAUGCUCAAACAAUAAAGGACUCCAUCAAUAUAUGUGAAAAGCCAGAGAUACACCAUAAAGAGAAGAAAUUUUGUGCAACUUCACUAGAGUCCAUGAUAGAUUUCAUGUUAUCAGAGUUAGGAACAAAUAACAUCCAAGCAAUUACAACGGAGGUAGAAGGGGAAAGUAGUCAAAUAUUUCAGAAAUACACCAUGAAAAAAGUUGAGCAAAUAGCAGAUGGGAAUAACAUGGUAUGCCACAAAGUUGACUACCCGUACGCUGUGCACUAUUGUCAUAUUGGAGGAUAUACUAAGACAUUUAUCAUAUCUAUGGUAGGUGUUGAUGGAACAAAAGUUAAAGCUCUUUCGGUGUGCCACCAAGAUACAUCUUUCUGGAAUCCAAAGGGAUUACCUUUUAUAGUGCUCAAUGUUAAGGCUGGAACUACCCCUAUUUGCCACUUCCUUCCAAAUGAUCAAAUAGUCAUUUUUCCUUUUAAAGAGGCCAGUAAUAAUACUAUCUAAUUAUUCAACUCUUAUUCCUAAGAGUUUGGGAAGAAUGCAACAAUAGUAUUACAGAAUCAUGAUACUUGGCUAGCUCUUAUGAUCUGUAUUAUUAUAUUAUUAUAAUUAUGAAAUGAUUUUGGCUUCAUGGUAUUA